CCACCAAACCAACCUCUCUCAAUAAAAACUCAACCCCUCUCCUAGGAAUCUCCGAACAAACUACCACCGCCGCCGCAAUGAACUCCACAUCGCACGUGCCGCCGGCGACCGAAACGCCAUCGUCCUGGACGGAGGAGAAGCACGUGCACUUCCUCAACACCAUGGAAGCCGCCUUCGUGCGUGCAAUGCUUGAAAACCAAGGCGCCGCAACUCUCACGCGCCACUCCCUGCGCCUCGAUCGCGACCUCCCUGACACCUCCGAUUCCACGUUGGAUUUGAAACCGCAUCCCCGACGCCGCACCAGAAAACUCCAUGCACUUGCAGAAGAUUCAAUGGGUCCAACAAUGAGAAGACCGAGGAGAAGAUCAUCUCAGCCGUACAAUCCAUCACAGGAUCAGGUGGUCCCACAUGCAGAAAACCAAAGAGAAGGUGCAGCAGCAUGUAAUGGUGACGAGGAUGAUAAAAGAGCACAAAAUUAAGAAUAUUGAUGUUUAGUGUACCUUUUCCACCAACUCCAGUUUUAUUUACAAUUUAUUUCUCUUU